GCAAACCGUUCGGCGCAAAAAUUCAAACGCUUAACAGAAAGAAAAGAGGGACUGCUGCUUACUCGAUCACCAAUGCAGUAUUGCUAAUAAUAAGAGGUUGCAAAUAAAGCCACAUCGGAUUUUACACAUUUCGAGAUGAGUGCAGCCUCGACACCCCUUUCCCGGGUACGUUCAGCGUGGACGUCAUCCUCCUUGAAGAGCAAAGGUGGGUCCCCUGCAGCCUGCAGCACCCUGCUGCUGGCUGCUUUCCCCGGUAACGAUGAUGAGCAGGAACGUCGUCAGCGCCGAAGGUCAAGAGUCCUUGACCUUCAGAGUGCCAGUGACUCCUCCUUUAAUGACUCUGCAACUCAUAGUGCUGCUGGGACUCCUGCUGCUGUGCCCAAAUUGUCAAAUGCACAAAUAUCAGAGCAUUACUCCACCUGCAUAAAGCUGUCCACUGAGAAUAAAAUCACCACCAAAAAUGCCUUUGGUCUGCAUCUGAUUGACUACAUGGCUGACAUUCUCAAACAGAAAGAUUCAGAGAUCACAAACUUCAAGGUGGCAGCUGGUACUUUGGAUGCCAGUACAAAGAUCUAUGCAGUGAGGGUAGAUGCAGUUCAUGCUGAUGCCUACAGGGUGCUGGGUGGCCUGGGAGCUGAGACCAAACCUGGAGAGGACCGUGGUCCAAUGGAAGAAGAUAAAGAUGAUGAAGAGGCUGCAGGAGGCGAAGUUACUGCCAAGCAAUUGAAGAAAAAGAGGCCACCUAAGAAGACAGUGGAGCAGAACCUCAGCAACAUCAAUAGCACAGAGUCUGAGAGGAGGUGUGAGGUGGACCCCAUGUUUCAGAGGAUGGCCUCAUCCUUUGAUGAAAGCAGUACGGCUGGUGUCUUCUUGUCUGUUCUCUUCAGUGAGAACAGGAUUUUUUUCUUUCCCUCCUACAUGAGCCUCCUGCAAUCCAGACCCUCUUACUCUCCUCCCCCUCCACAAAGAGUCCCUGCAUCCCCAUUCAAGGCUGGAUUGCAGCGCUCCCAGGAGAAAAGCUCCAUCUGCCCCUCGCUGCAGGACUUCUCCUUCACUAGCUGGAACCCUGAGCAGACUAUGAAUCAGCUCUUGGAGAAGAUGAAGCAGGGCGAACACUUGUUUGAUGUGAACGCCGAGCCCGAACCUGAAGAAGAUGACUGCCCUGACUUUGACGCAGACUAUGAGGAGGGACUGGGUGACUGUGAGGAGGGAUUCAAAGAGCACAAAGAUGGUUGUGAGGCAGCUGGCUCCAGCAGGGGAAGGGAUGUGAUUCCCAUCGGAGAAGGAGACAUUGCCACCAUGUGUCUACAGCUGUCCUCUCAGCCCAGGGAGUAUUCGUACUUCAGUCCCAGGACUAUGGCCACGUGGGUUGGACCAGGCUACUGGCAGUUCAAGCCAAAGCACAAGUUGGACCAUCUGCCUGAUAAGGAGCCACGUAAAAGGAAACCGAAGAAGGCCUUUGAAAUAGACUUCACUGAUGAUGUCAACUUUGACACCUACUUUCGCACCACAAGGGCUGCCACCACUAACAGCAAGUCUGCCCUCAGUGCCAGCAAUAAGAAGACUACUCUACCAGCAGAUUUCCAGUUUCCCCCAGAGAGACUCUCCCAGCUCAGCCUCAAACCUUCAAGCUCAUUGAGUCAGGAAGGCCAGAAGAGGCUGUCUGGAGAACUUGGAGAAGGCAUUGGGGACUAUGACUACAACAAUGCCAAUGACACCAACAACUUCUGUCCAGGUCUUCAGGGUGGCGACAGUGACGAGGAUGUUGAACUGUUUGCGGGUUCAGAUGACACACAACCUUCAGGUGACAGUAUACCUGCGCCCUCUCAAGAUCUACAGGACAUCUCCACAUAUGGAGAGCAAGAUCUGGUGCCUGAACCACACAGGGUCAACAAGAUUGAGAUCAACUAUGCUAAGACCGCAAAGAAUAUGGACAUGAAGAGACUCAAGAACAGCAUGUGGACUCUUCUGGCCGAAAGCCCAGAAGAGCUCACAGAGGGGGUGGAGACUGUGGAGAAACCAGAGGUGUGUGGGGAGAAAGUCUUCAGUGAGACCACAAAGACACUGUUACAAAGAUUACCAAACACGAUGGCCCAGAACCUGUCAGUGCCUCUGGCCUUUGUUGCUCUGCUUCACCUUGCCAACGAAAAGAAUUUGGAGCUGGUGAAGGUUGAUGACAUGUCAGAUAUCAUCAUCAGACAAGACCACCGAUGAGAAGUGAAUGAUGGGUCAUUGUAAUAUAGUGCUAUUCUUUUAUGCUAUUCUGUACUUAGUCAUCCUUACUUUGUUAAAUAUAUGUUUCUGUGACAUUCUCCUGUUUAGAUUUCAGCGAUUUUUUUUUUUUAAGCAAAUAUGUA